CAGGAUUCGAACCCUCACCUAACUUGUUGCACUCCUCUCUGCCAGCCUUGGAGUUCCAAAACUCUUCAACAUGUUCUCCUUUCACACGCACACUUUGUGAAACACAGCCUACCAAGUCCAACCAUUUUAAUGAUUUCAAGAACCUUGCUCCUUGUUCUUCAAUCCGUAUUUGCAUCGUUUCAUAAAAAAAUCUUACUAGUCACUGAUUUUCAUAGAGGCAGAGUGUAGAGUAUGUCAAGGAUAUGGGCAAAGUUUGCGGGGAUGUUGAGCAACAGGAGUUUGGUAGGGGUAGAUAAAACUGGCAACCGAUACUUUACCAGAAAGGAGGAGAUUGAUGGUUUUAUGAAAGAGAAAAGGUGGGUGGUAUUUAAAGGAGAGCAUGAUCCAACCUCCAUCCCGGUUGAAUGGAUAUGCUGGUUGAAUGGACAACGGAAAAGUGCACCAACUUCUGAGGAGAUGGCUGAACUAGAUGCUAGAAGGGAGCGUCUUAAACUUAAUGUUGCUCGUAUGAAGGAGGAAGAGGAACGACUAGCCAGGGAAGGGAAGAUCAAGAAAUCAAGUGUGGGUAAACUUGCUGGUCCAGACCUGAAACAUUUUGUCGGGCAAUUUUCCAAUGCCUCUAAAGGUUAUACAGCUGCAGAACCCUCUAAUACACAGGACGUAAGCAGACAAAAAGCAAACGUGGAAGAAAGUCCACAUAACAUAAAAGAACAACCUGAGUCUUCCGAGCCAUCUGGAUCCGGAGAAUCCUUCAGACCAGGAACAUGGCAACCUCCUAGUUGAUAUUGUGAGAAAAGCAUGAAAGAUUCAAGUGUUCCUGAUUCACUAACUACUAAAAUGACAUAAUGGAUAGUUCCAUCAAGGAUAAAAUUAUUGCUGGACAUUUCGAUGUUGGAAAAUCUUUGGAAGAACUACAUUUUGUAUUUUUUGAAAUUUAUAAGGUAAAUGAGAUAUUGCCAGUAUAUUAGAUGUAUUUUCUGAUACAAAAUGUUUUCAGAGACAAAUUACGAAAUUAUGAUUGAAUUUUCAGAAAUGUGGGAACACUUUUACCAUUGAUAUCCA